UUACACAUAGGACAACAUGAGAAUCGCAGUAACAUGAAGUGCCUAAGGCCUUACUCUGGCCAGUCGAUGUUCAGUCUCCCCUGAGUUUUCUGUGAUGUGUUCGCUUUGUGCGAAAUAAAAAGUUUCCCCAUGUUUUUAGAUAAAUAUUUAGUCAUUUGCGAUUGAUUUGUGAACGCCAGUUAGACCGUGAGUGCUGUAGAAACCUCACGCGAUGGAGGUGUCUCAUUUGCUGGGCUUUUUCCUGCUCUGUGGACUUGUGUCUGUCGAGGGUGCAAGGGGUACGGGACGUGAACCUAAACAGCUGGAAGAUCACCAGUUGCAUCGGAUCCUAAAGAGCAGUGACACAGGUCAUUUUGACCGGAUAUUCGAUGAGAUCUGCAUUCCGCGAGUCGUGGGGACACCUGGACAUGAGAAGGUGAGGAAUUUUAUGAUUGAGGAAUUGAGGGAUUUAGGAUGGACCGUAUGGACGGAUACAUUUGACGAGAAGACGCCCAAUAUGGGCGUCCUGACAUUCCACAAUAUCAUUGCUACGCCCCACAAUGCCAGCAAGUAUAUGGUCCUGGCUGCUCACUAUGACAGCAAGUACUUCCCGGAUUUUGAAUUUCUGGGAGCUACAGAUUCUGCCGUGCCAUGUGCCAUGAUUAUCAAUCUUGCACACACCUUGCACAAUGAACUGAAGCAGACUCCGGAUUCAGGAGUUGGCCUCAUGGUUGUCUUCUUCGAUGGCGAGGAGGCUUUUGAAAAUUGGUCAGAUACCGACUCCAUCUACGGAGCUCGACAUCUAGCCAAACGCUGGGAAGCAGAAGGUUUCCUGUCACGCAUUGAAAUUCUGGUGCUGUUGGAUCUUCUCGGUGCUCCAGAUCCCAAUUUCUACAGCUACUUCACGACAUCAGAAGCUCAGUACAAUCACCUGAUGAUGGGCGAAAGGCGUCUCCUGCGCACAGGAAUGCUAGACAAUUACAGCUACAGCUCCGUGGCAGCCCCAAAGCCCGCAACCUACUUCCAGCCCUACACCUGGGCAGCCAAUAUUGAAGACGAUCACAUUCCUUUCCUGCGUCGUGGAGUCCGUAUUCUCCACAUCAUUCCCAGUCCAUUCCCUCACGUCUGGCACCGUGCCACGGAUGACAAAGCUGCCGUGGACAAGGUUACCAUUGAGAAUCUCAUCAGGAUUCUCCGGCUCUUCGUGGUGGAGCAGCUGCAUCUUCGUUUCCAUUAGGGAAAGAGAAAAAGUAACUUCUGAUCAGGGUGGAAGAGACUUCAUUAAAGACAGGGUCGGUUGAUUGUUGACUGUGAAUGUUUGUCUUAUUUAUUUGACUGAAGAUUCCCACGUGUUGGCGUGAGUUUCAGCGUUAUUGAUAAUAUGUUCAGGUGCUAUCGUAGGGGAUAUUUGCAAUCUGCAAUUUGCAUUUCCUCAAAGCAAUUCUCAAGAUCGAACAAAAGUGGAUACAGGCCCUGCCCAGAAAUGUUUGUGCACCAACUGCUGAAUCAUUUUUUUUAUUUAUUCAAAGGUGAAAAUUUUAGUUUUGGAGAAAAAUAAAUAUUUGUCGAAAGAAA